AUUUGUAAUUGCAACAGCUUGGGAUACCUGUUAACCCUACCUAUGGUCAGAAGCCUUAUGCAACUUGAUCAUUUGGAGGUAAAACAGUGCACAAGAAUGGAUGCAGUGAUAAUGGAAGAAGGAUCAGAAAAUGUGAUAACAGAAGAAGGAUCAGAAAAGAAGAUCAUACUCCCCUACUUGAGCCAGAUUAUUCUGGAGUCUUGUUCAGACUUGACAAGUUUCUAUGUGGGAAGUUCCACAUUCCAGUGUGAAUUGUUAACAAGAUUUGAAGUACUACAUUUGCUUCGACAUUCCCUAGAGAGCUAGAGAAAGAGGACCCUCAAGCGUUUUUCACCAGCAAGGUAAUUAGUUUCUUAAUGAAGACUUUUUGUUCUA